GAGUUGUAUCAUUCUCAGUUCCAUUGUUAGGAUGCUCUAAGACCGACGUGGCAUCUCCAUUUAUCGUCCAAUCAUAAUAUGUGGUUAUGAUAUCUCUUCAAAAUUUAUCCAGAACACAGACAGCGUCAUUUGCCUGCUAAGAUAGUCGAUUCAUCACUUGCGAUAUGCCGAAAUAUUUUUUCCGUCUUCUUGCUCUUGCUCUUGUUCUGGUGAUUGGAAAUGUAGGAUUCUUGGCAUUCGGUGUGGCUGAUGAAUAUGGAAGAGAUGAUUUUCCCGCUGAAUUCGUUUUUGGUUCCGGAACUUCCGCUUAUCAGGUUGAAGGAGCAGCGCUGGAAGAUGGAAGGAGUUUCAGCAUUUGGGACGCCUACGCUCAUUCAGGCUUCUGCGAUGGAGCAAAUGGAGACAUAGCAUGUGAUGGGUACCAUAAAUACAAGGAAGACAUUAAACUUAUGGUAGACACAGGUUUGGAAGCAUUUAGAUUUUCCAUUUCUUGGUCCAGACUCAUCCCGAACGGAAGAGGAUCCGUCAAUGAAAAGGGCUUACAAUUUUACAACGAUUUCAUCAACAGGCUCAUCGCCCAUGGAAUACAACCACAUGUUACAUUAAAUCAUAUAGAUCUACCGCUGAUACUUGAAGAUGAAUAUGGAGGAUGGCUUAGUAGAAAAUCAGUGAAAGAUUUUGUUGCAUUUGCUGAUGUAUGCUUCAGGGAAUUUGGUGAUCGGGUUUUGCAUUGGACUACCUUUAAUGAAGCCAAUUUAUAUGCUUUAGGUGGGUAUGAUACGGGUAGUUCACCUCCUGGACGUUGUUCUUCCCCAUUUGGGUAUAUUAACUGUAGCAGAGGUGACUCUACUCAUGAGCCAUACCUUGUAGCUCACCAUUUUCUUCUCGCACAUGCAUCAACUGUCAGACUCUACCGUGAAAAAUACAAGGCCAUGCAGUAUGGUUCUGUUGGAAUAAAUCUCUUAGCCUUUUGGUUUGAACCUUAUACAAAUACAAUACAAGAUGUCAAAGCUACCCAAAGAGCCAAUGACUUCUAUUUGGGUUGGUUUUUGAAUCCCUUGGUGAAGGGAGACUACCCAGAAACAGUGAAGAAGAGUGCAGGGAACCGAAUUCCAACUUUUACCAAACUCGAAUCACAGAAAAUCAAGGGUUCAUUUGACUUCUUAGGCAUAAACCACUAUACCACAUUAUACAUCAAGGACAACCCCAAUGAUCUUGAAACCGAUACCAGGGACGUUUAUGCAGACAUGGCGCUUAUAUACAGUGGAAUUGAAUUCCCAAUAACCGAGUUCCCCGUGAUUCCAAUUGGUCUGGAAAAGCUCCUUAACCAUCUCAAGGAAGAAUAUAGGAAUCCUCCUAUCUACAUCCAUGAAAAUGGGCAAGUACAAGCACGUAAUGGAACAUUGAUGGACACCCCAAGGGUAGAGUACUUGCAUGCGUAUAUUGGUGCUGUGUUGAGUGCACUAAGGAAUGGAUCAAACACGAAGGGUUAUUUUGUCUGGUCCUUCUUUGAUCUCCUUGAGAUGGUGGGUGGCUAUAAUUAUGGUUAUGGUCUGUACUAUGUUGACCUUGAUGACAAGGAGUUGACACGAUAUCCUAAGCUUUCUGCACACUGGUAUGCCAAUUUUUUGAAAGGAAACAACAUCAAUGUCAUAAUUCCAAAGGUGAAGCUAAAAGACUCUUUUUCUAAUUAACAUGAUUAGCUUUUGGCUUAAGUACUAAUAUUGUUGUGACGCUCAUUUUUCAUCAUCAUAACCACGUAUGUAUAAGUGGUGCUACGAUGUUGGAGUUGGACCAUACUUCACUACAUUUCUACAAUAUGAAUAACAUGUAAUUUGUUUAGAGGGAA